CGACAACCGAAACAAAUUAUAAAGAAUAAAGAACAAAGAGAGAGUUUUUUUCCGCUUGUUUGCUCAACUGGCAUCAGCUCAGGCUGAGAGGGCGUUUGUGUUCAGGACAUCUGCGCGCACGGAUCAUCAACUUUGAACGCAUUUUAUUUAGCUUUGUCAAGAUCACUAAUCGCUCGAGUCUCUUUUCUGCUUCUCUCUCGCCAAACACCAUCCGUUUCUCAAUCCUUUCAGAGCAUCGAUCGAUCCUGCCUGGCAUCAUUGUCCCAUUCCAACGUCAAUUCGACACAUUGAUUCUUCGCUUGCUGUCUCUUGGUCGGCCUCGCUCUUACCUAACCUAACACAACUGGCACAGGUGCAAUAACCAUGCCUCCGUCACAUACCGGAAGUGCUUCUGACAGCGAUAACUAUGUUCCGCCCACAUCAGAACAUAGCGGCAACGAGGCAGAGACAGCAACCGUGGAAGUGGAGGAGGAUUUGGUAGAGGGCAAGCCUCCAGUUAAAAAGCAACGACCCCGGAAGCCUCGAAUCAAGGAUCGACCCCGGAAGCCUCGAAUCAAGAAUCGACCCUGGAGACCUCGAGUCGGAGGGAAUCGACCCGGGGAGCUUCAAAUAGAAGAGCCUGGAUCAUCGAAGCGCGCGAGUGACUUGUGGUUUUAUCAUGCAGCGGAUAUCAUGGUUAGAGAACCUGAACCCGAUGCCAGAGAGAUUGCAUUUCUUGCCCUAGAUGGGCUGAUUCAGGAAGAGACUUACCGUUGGCCUGUUCGCGAAGAACUGCUUCCAUCGAUCCCGCCACCAUCCUCGGACGAUGUUUUUGCCGGCGACAAUUUCGAGAGGCAGGGCCUAAAUUUUGUAGAUGACUUGAGUGGAGUACCCAAAACAGCGAAAGACUACAGCAACACUGACAGCAGUACCGACAGCGUGGGCAGUGACAUCGAGGCGCCACUCCGAGAGGAGGAGCUGAAACAGAGAAAAUUGGCCAAGCAACAACGCAAACGACGGCGACAUUCUAACGAGCGAAUGGCCAACGAGCGUUUGCAGCGAGUCCAUGGUGCUCUGCGGGAUGAGGUUACUGCGUUUGCAAGAAGGAUGCAUAAGGAGGCAAGGACGCAAGCAGGGGCAAUUCGAGUGGACGGACUGAACUCCAUUCAGGAAAGAGCAGUAGUCUUUUCAGCAGAGGAUAGUUUACGAAGGACCCUAGACCGACUGCCCUAUGUGGUUCGACAGGGAGCAAUGGGAGAAGCCCCGGAUUACGCUCAGAUAGGUUAUCCCAAGCCCGUGGCCUCCGAGGCGAGCAAUGAACGUGGCUGGGACACUGUUAUGGCAGCAGCCAGUAUUAGUGGCAUUGAUGAUCGGAUACUAAAGCGAGUCAGUAAGAGGAUGAAGGAUUUUCUAGGCAUGUCGAAAGACUCCAGAUACUACGAAGAACCAUAGCAGGAUGGCAGUUGAAUUGUUUGACAAGGGCAUUUAUACACUCUGACUUCUGACUUCGUGAGUAUCUUUAUGAACUACUGCGGCCCUAAGUGCACUCCAGCAAAGCGGAUCGUCAAGUUCAUGUUGAUAUCCGCAUGCAAUGGCCUCAUAACCAUCCGGCUGUCGUGCGAUGCGCAGGGGUUCAAUCCAACAAAAAUAAUUUCCUCCGCAACUUGUAAUAUCGAAUAACAGAUGUAACAGCACACACAUGGGUAAUAAAGAUGGUGUACAUGAAUAUAAUACAUUCUAA